GUGUUAUCAUCAGCUAUCCGUUCUGCAACUAAAACGAGAGUUUCUAUUGGACCGAUUUAGGUAGUCCCUCCCGUUUUAGUCCCCCUGAAAAUAUUCUGCCGUGCAGAUGAAAAGAGGUUUGGGCAGCUGUGGUUUUCUGCUGACGCGUCUACGGCCGGGAACGAUAACAACAAGAAAAAUAAAAUUAACUGGAUUCUAAAGCUGUUCAGGUGAUCGUAAUGGCGGAGGGAGGCUUUGACCCCUGUGUGUGCAUCUGCUCCCAGGAGCAUACCAUGAGACGACUCAUCAACCUGCUGCGCCAGUCUCAGUCGUACUGUACAGACACAGAGUGUCCCCAGGACAUGCCAGGUCCCAGUGGGUCGGUAGGAGGAGGAGACCUGACUGUCCCCAUGGUUCUGAUGGGCUGGAUGGUUCUGGUUCUGCUCCUCUUCCUCCUCAGACCCAGCAGCCUCAGAGGAUCCACAACACCGCCUACCGGCAAACCUACUGGACCUCACAAUGUACGUAUGGAGGGAUAGCAGAACCAGACCCGGAUCUAUCAGCAUGAGGAAUGGAAGGAGAA